AUGUCCCUCUCCAUCUUCCUCAUAUGGCUUGUUAGCAUUCCUCUAGCUGUGAAUUCACUUCCUGUCCCUAGAGGUUUUUCUAUAAAUUGCGGUGCGUCCGAGGACAUAACUCAAGGCAACCUCAAAUACAUUCCGGACAACGGUUUCAUAUCUGCCGGAAACAAAUCAGUCAUCAAAACACCAGAUUUAUUGCCUGUAUUGUCCACAUUGCGCUACUUUCCUGAUACCUCAGCCAAAAAAUAUUGCUAUGUACUUCCUGCGAUCAAAGGAGGGAAAUAUUUAGUAAGGACUACCUAUUAUUAUGGAGGCUAUGAUGGAGGGAAAGAGCCACCACUAUUUGAUCAGAUUAUUCAAGGGACUAAAUGGAGCACUGUGAAUACCACAGAAGAUUAUGCAAAUGGGAUGAGUUCAUAUUAUGAGAUUAUUGUGGCUUCACUGGCGAAAACAUUGAGUGUUUGUCUUGCAAGAAAUGAGCAUACUACUUCUAGUCCUUUCAUAUCGGCUCUUGAAAUAGAGUACCUUGAAAAUUCAGUGUACAAUUCGACAGAUUUUUCAAAGUAUGCACUUGUUAAUGUUGCUCGAGGCAAUUUUGGAGCUGAUGAGGACAUAAUUGGUUUUCCAGAUGAUCAAUUCAACCGGCUGUGGCAGCCAUUUAUAGACCAGAACCCUGUUGUUGAAUGCCGCAACAAUAUUAGUUCUUCAGAGUUUUGGAACUUCCCUCCUCCCAAAGCAUUCUCGUCAGCAAUCACAACAAGCAGAGGAAAGACACUAAAAAUCCAGUGGCCACCAGCGUCGCUUCCAAGCACCAAAUACUACAUUGCACUCUAUUUCCAGGACAACCGGACACCGAGCGCGUACAGCUGGAGAGUCUUCAGUGUUUUUAUUAAUGGACAAAUUUUUUACAAGGAUCUCAAUGUGACAGCAAACGGUGUGAGUGUUUAUGGAUCGGAGUGGCCUCUUUCGGGGCAGACAGAAAUCACCUUGACUCCGGGGAACAACAUACCUGUUGGACCAGUGAUCAAUGCUGGUGAAAUAUAUCAGAUUUUUCCGCUUGGUGGAAGGACUCUAACUAGAGAUGUGAUGGCAAUGGAAAAUUUAGCAAGAAGCUUUGUUAAUCCACCUUCGGAUUGGAACGGCGAUCCUUGCCUGCCUCACAAGAACUCAUGGACAGGAGUUCAAUGUUCCCGAGAUAAAUUGGCUCGAGUUGUUGCUUUGAACCUUACAAGCAUGGGGAUCUCUGGGUCACUACCCUCAAGCAUAGCCAAUUUAACUGCAGUCAACCAUAUUUGGCUAGGAGGGAACAAACUCUCAGGUUCAAUCCCAAACUUGAGCACACUGAAGAAGCUACAAACUCUGCAUUUGGAGAACAAUAAGUUUGAAGGUCCAAUUCCUCAAUCUUUAGGCCAACUUGGGCGGCUUCGUGAGUUAUUCCUUCAAAAUAACAAUCUUGAUGGCAGAGUCCCAGAUUCGCUGCGAAAUAGGAAUGGCUUAAAUAUUCAGGUGUCUCCUGGGAAUCAUAAAUCUUCCUGA